CUUAAGCUCGAAUUUUUUCCUCGGUGAGGCAACGACGCUCUCGGCUGUCGCAUCCAUUUUCCGAGACACAACUUGAGGGACGAAAAUGCGACGGAUAUAAAUAAUGGAGUGUGCGUCUUUCAGUUAAUCCGCUUGUAACUCACAAUUUCUGCAUGUGGUGUACGUCGAUGUUGCGAAUCACGCUUUCCGCUCGAUGAAAAAUUGUGCCUUAAGAGUUCUUGACGUUUCGAAUGUUUGAGUCGACGGGGUUUGUUGUUACCUGUGAACGAGGACAAUACGGGAGGACUCUGCAGUUAUAUUGGUGUUUGUAGUCGAAGGGAUUAACAAAAUAUACGUUUUGAGAAAGAGAGUACUCGCGGUGAUGUUUCGCAAAAUGUCAGUUUCCAUCGUGAUGAGACUGUAUGCAACGGUGUUGUGAGUACCGCCGUGAUGCGAACGUCAUGUCAGUUUAAGGUUAGACUCCGCGACUCAAUGUAAACGUAUCUUAUGUUUCACUGUUUAUCCUGUCUGCGUCGGACAUUAAAAUCAAAUGCUAAGUUAAAGCCAACUCUAAACUGCUUACUUCUGUGUCGGGGGAAUUGUAAAAUGCAGACUGCUGGAAAGCGUAGUUCUUAUACAUUGUGGUGAUACAUUCUGGUGCUUCGUCUAUGCAUUGAUGUGUAUAUACCAUUUGUGUGUUAUGUUUUCAUCUCGAUGAAUAGGGAUUGUAAAAUCAUGGCAGACCGAGAUUAUGAUAUGGGUCCUGCGACAGAAAUGAUGGUAAAUGAUUUUGAUGACGAACGAACGUUGGAUGAAGAAGAAGCUUUAGAAGGUAGUGAAGAUUCUCACAACGAGUUGUCCAACUUGCAAAAGGAAGGUGAUAUGCCGCUGAAAGACCUACUUGCCAUGUACGGAUACGGUGAUCCCUCGACCGAGAAUUCCAACAGUUCCGACCACAUGCUGCUGCCAUCCGGAAGCGGUGAUCCAGAGACUGAGGAGCGUUACUCGGACAAAGGUGACAACGAUGCGGACGACGACGACGACGAUGACGAGGCCGAUGCGGCGAGCAACGAGCCGGAUCUGAAACAGUUUUACACAGAAAUGUUAGUAAAGGGCAAGGAUAAGACAACGACGUUGUCAGGAACAACAAAAAGCAAUAGCGGCAGCGGUACGCCUAAUAGAGAUAACAGGAAACGUCGACUCGACGAUGACGAAGACGAUGAUGAAGACGUCGAGGGCGAAGAAUGCUCGAUAAGAAGCGCUCGAGAUGGAAGUGGGAAGAAAACUAGAGCGUCGCCUACGACGGGAGGUGCCAAUGCUGUCGCAUGUGACGGGUUAGUCAACUUAACAGCCAACGCUGCUGACAACGCCGUCGAAGAGGGUAGCGCUAGUGGUGCGAUAGACGGUUCCGAAGACAGAAUAGUCAAUACAGGCAGUGGUAGUUCAAGAUUAUUACGCAGCGUCUCGAGGCCGCAGAGCGAAGAAGAAGAGGACGACUGUGACUACAGUCCGGACGAGGAGGAAUGGAAGAAGACAAUCAUGGUUGGCACUGAUUACCAAGCAGCAAUACCAGAGGGUCUGUGUCGUUACGACGACGCGUUGCCGUACGAGAAUGAGGAUAAGAUGUUGUGGGAUCCCAGCCAUAUAUCCGAAGAAGAUACGGAAGAGUUCUUGGAACGCGCGCAACUUCCGGCGGUAAAGGGUGGGUCUUUGCCGGCCGGUUCUCAUAUCAGGGAUGACGAGCAAGCUUUGUACCUUCUGCUGCAAUGCGGCUACAAUUUGGAGGAGGCAUUGCGAAGGCGUCGAAUGAACGUACUCCCGCCAACGGAUGCAGUGAGUCUCUGGUCAGAAGAAGAGUGUCACAACUUUGAAUCCGGAUUGCGCACUUAUGGGAAGGACUUUCAUCUUAUACAAAAAAAUAAAGUGAGGACAAGAUCUGUUGGGGAGUUAGUGCAAUUUUAUUACUUGUGGAAGAAAACUGAACGACAUGACAUAUUUACGUACAAAGCUCGAUUAGAGAAGAAGAAAUACGCCCUGCAUCCUGGUAUCACCAGGGACUAUAUGGACCGAUUCCUCGAGGAGCAAGAGGGAGUGCGAGAUCGCAGCAGUUCGCCGAAUGUUCAUUGUCUGUUGUACGGCGACGCCAAACGGCAAAGGUCCAGCGCCAGCGUCACCAACAACGACGAGUCCAAGUCAACGGAAGCCUGGGAUGGAAACGCGGUCGAUCCGUUGGCGGAUGCCAAUGGCCCGACGCCGCCGCCGCCACCGCCGCCUCCGCCACCCCCUCCCUUGGUGACAUCAGCCACGACCACCAUAUCAUCGUCGAUAUGCAACUCCAGCGCUUUAACCACACCGACGUACUGUUCAUCGUCGACUCGUCAUCCGGACUGUCCCUCGUCCGAAUCGAGUUGCGUCAAUCCGAUGGCGUGGAGUGGUUUAACGUCACGGAGUCAACCUACCUCCUCCGUCAUUACGACGAUAACAAUCAACACCACUACAGCCACUACAUCCGCAGCGAUGGCCACGGCCUUCGGCACGACGAAUACAGUUACCACUAGCUCCACCGCCUCCCCCGUCGCCACCUCUAAUAACUACUAUCAUCAGCGAGUGACAUCAUCCAGGAGCAACGAUUCCCACGACACGCCCUCACCUGAGAACAUUUUACCUCAUCUGCCCCCUUAGCGUCUAACCCGACCUUCAGGUGUUCAUCCUGAAAGGCGGCGGAUGUCAUUGCGUGGUGUGCCGAACUCGGCACUCACACCAUCGCUAUUGUCGUAACGCAUAAUAUACGUUAAUAUCAAGGAUUAUAUUUUUAUACUAUAUCGUAAUAUAAUUAUAUAUAUUAAUCACAUAUAAUAUAUAUAAUUAUAUAUAUACAUAUAAUUAUAUAUAUAUAUAUAUAUACAUUAAUCGUCCUUAGCACGAGUGCGCGAUGUUGUACAGUAGUACGGAAGAAGGGAGGGCGCGCUUUCGCAAGGAAGAUUAGAGCGUAUAUUGUACGUAAGAUUAAAGAUAGAAUUAAAGAUAAACGCGGCGAAAACGAGCGGGGGUCACCGUUAGCUUUCUCUAUUUUUCUCCUCUCUACUAUCUCCAGACGUAGAGAUGUUCCAUGUGAAAAGAAAUAUAUAUAUCUCAGUUGAAAAGAUUCAACAGAUGCAUCGACGUUUGUCGUCGGUGCAUUGACAGAAAAAAAGAAAUAGUAUUACGCAUCACGAUUGCAAGUUUUCGUGAAUAAAUCGUUAUAUUGCGCGAUUGUGAUAUAAUCACACGAAUCAAUUUGUUUGAAAUUUUCUUUGAUCUCUACAUCGGCAAUAAAAUCCCGUGAAACAAUUCGUCGGUUCGAAAUUUAUCAUCCAAUAAAUUGAAAUGAUUAAUAAUUCAUUAAAAUAGAAAAUGAAUGAAAAUACAAUCAUUAUUUUGAUAUAAUGGAUGCGCGAUAAAUAGCAAUUCCAAUCAUUUGUUUUGGUCCCUCGUUAAGUAGUUGGCUGUGUAUAAAAUCAUAUAGUUUGUAUUUUCACGUUUUCCUAGUAACUAUUUAAGAAACACAAAAUAUUUCUAAUUUACUGGAUAUACAUUACAUUAUGUUUAAUCAUUUAUAAAUAGUGUUGAUAUAAAAGUACAGGCUAAAUUAGAAACGUUG